CGCAAGUCCAGUGAAUGGAUAGGCUAUGUGCAUUGCUAGAAACUAGAGUUAGGAUUGGCAAAGAUGUGCGCAAGUGUUGUAAUGUACUGUCCGGAAAAAUCGCGAACCCGUGUAUGUUGACAAUACUCAAUGAGUAUACGGGCAAUGUAGAUUGUUUUAUUUACAACUAUACAAGGGGAAAUGAUCAUGGAAUAAUAUACGUGCUCUAAUGUCAACGAAUUUCGCGAAACGUCAACUUUUUUUGGAAAUAAAACCCGUGCGUGUGGAGAUAAUCUUCAUGUUGUGUUGCAGUUUUUUCGUUGCUGACUUUUGAUUUUCGCCCAAGAUGUUGUUUAACAUGUUUAUGAACAGAGUCGAAGGAGUUUAAGGAAUAGGAAAUUUAGUUUUAUCGAAGGGGGACUGAAUAUUCGUUUGAUUUUUCUUUCAUGUUGGAUGUUACUACUUUGGAGUAUAUCGGUGAACACAUUUCAGCCGUAAGCAUGGGGGAGGUAAUGGCCGCCGACAAGGUGUCGUGGCCGCAGAUGUUUGAUAUGAACCUCAACGCAACCUCAGCGAUAUACUCCCCGCACCAAUCCCGACAGAUCCUCUCCAACAACGGGGUAUCCUUCUGGCCGGGAGACAACAACACCACGAACUAUGCCACAACGAAUGGUACCAUUACAGAAGCACAGUUGCGCAACGAGUUGAGUGCACAUCGAGCUGCUGCCACAACGAAUGGCUACCAUCACAACAUCAUGGGCGAGCAGCACCAAUCCAGUCUUGGGUUGACGGGCAACUGGCCCGAGAAAUAUAUCAAUGAGAACCUACCCUUCGGCCAUCCACAGCAGCAUCACCACUAUAGGGAAGAAAGGCAUAUCCCAGUAACACAAACAACACAAACCAAACUCAUCACAUCACCAUAUGGCAGCGUAGGAGAUUUAGCUGACCAGUUCAAUGAUCUUUCCCUCAUCUCCGUCAAUGAUAGGAAACCAGGGAAGAGACCGCCCCCAACGUAUCUGUGUCAUCUGUGCUUCAACAAGGGUCACUACAUCAAGGAUUGCCCAGAGGCGAGACCGAAGGGCGAAGGUUUAACCCCCUACCAAGGCAAGAAGAGAUGUUUUGGCGAAUACAAAUGUCCCAAGUGUAAACGCAAGUGGAUGAGUGGGAACAGUUGGGCUAACAUGGGUCAGGAGUGCAUCAAAUGUCACAUCAACGUUUAUCCACACAAACAGCGACCCCUAGAGAAACUAGACGGAUUGGACGUGUCCGCGUACGACCACCUGAAGACCAAGCGCCCUCUUGAGAAACCUGAUGGAUUAGAUGUUUCGGACCAGAGCAAGGAGCACCCCCAGCACCUGUGUGAGAAGUGUAAGGCGCUGGGUUACUACUGUCGGCGGGUACAGUGAGGGGGGCGUGACCAAAGGACUGACCGUUACGCUGAACUCUCCGUCUUGUCCAAACUGGUCGCAUCAAGAAGGGAAUUCAUCAUACUUCAAGAGAAAGAUUCAAUCCCGAGUAGAAUCAUUCUAUUAUCAAGAGAGUCUAAACGAUACUGUCCCCUUUUCUUCUGUGUAAUUCUUUUGAUCUAUAAGUUUAAAAUGGACCUAGUUCUACAUGCUAGGUUUUUUUCAUUCCCUUCUUUUCUGUUUUGCUUUCCAUACGUAAGAUCUUAUGAUUUGAAAUGAUUUUAUGUAAUACAGUCAUAUUAUGCAUACCAGCUUAAAUGUAAUAAGUCCUUUUUUGUUGUUGAUGUUAAGAUAUUUGUUUAUUUUGAUGUUAGAGAACUUUGUCCAAUUUUAAGUGCUAUAUAAAUGCAGAAUGUAGGUUUUUAGUAGUCUUUAACUAUGCACAAAUAAAUGACGCAAAGAAAUUCUGCAGGUACCUAGUUGAAGGGGAGGGAUCAUUGAAAGAUACACGUAAUACUGGUACUGAUAUAUUUUACUCAAGAUAUCAGAGGGAUUGUCUUGAAACUAUUCAGAUAAGUGUAUAGCAUUUACAAAAUGGGUGCUGAAGUUGUGGGCUUCCCUUUAAAAGUAAUAUGAUAUUUAGAAGAGAUGAUGUAAAGCUCCUUUCUGUACAUUAUGUCCCAUAAUUCUCAUGCUUAUUUUCAUGCAUUUAUUUCUUUUCCCGAUGCACAAAACAGGUUGUUUGCAUUUUGUGUUAACAAAACAACAAAUCAUCAAAUUUUUAAAGACACUUAUAAAAGAAUCAAAUUUAAACUAAAGAUAAGAUAGUCUUAGCCUUUCUGUGUAUGUGGCUGACUGUUGUGACUUGUCAUAGAAUUAGAUAAUUUGUUUGUCACUUUCUAUAGAUAGCAUCAACAUCUAUGAUUUUUAUCAGAGUAUGCAGUUAGUAGUUGUGGUAUUACCUACAAAAUGUUUAACAUCUAAUUUCAAACAACAUAUUUUGAAUACCGGUACACUUCCAAAAUUGUAGCAUUUUCUGAUGAUUAAGUGAUCAAUUUUUGUUUCUCUCUAAAAAGAAGUUAUCUUCAGUACUUUUGCAAUGGCGUGUAUUCUGCCCCUGUUAUUUUUGCUUUGUGCCAGUACUUAAUUGUUGAGUUACUACAGGAAUCUUAAAGAAGCUCUACUCUCUUUUUGGUUCAAAGGAUUACAUUUAUCAGUGAUGUUCAAACAAAUUACUUGUGUUCACAUCAUAUAUGUGGUAUUAUCUCCCACCUUUAUGGGGGCUGCAGCUUCUAUAGUUUUCACUUACUUGAUUUAAGUGCUGUGAAAUUUAUUCAUUUGAUUGCAACUUUAAAAUAACAAACAGCAGUGAUGAAUUCUUCUUUGAAAAAAGAUAUAUGGAACAGACACUUAUAUCAUGUGAGAUUUAUAGAAUUGAGAUAUCUGUUUCAUUAUGUUAAACAUAAUGUUUGAUUUCAAGAAGAUUUGACCCACUUUUAUUUUGAGUCUCAGAAGUAUCAACCCUUAAGGAUUUUUCAUUAACAGACAAAUCAAAGACAUGAAAAUUAAAUUCUUUGAAAUGGAAUGUAUUUUAUGAGGUUACAAUUGUAAAAUAUGAUUCUUUUGCUGUAUUCUUUAAAAGUAUUAUUAUCCUUGCAAUAGUGCUAAAUACUGCUUCCAAACUAAUAUGUAUCACUGAUGAAACCAACACUUAUUUAAUGAACAUUUGUCCAUUCCCCUUUUUUUGGAAGUGGAGCCGUGCUACAUUGUAUGUAGAAAUACACUUAUGUUGAAAUGCAUCAAAGAUUACUAUAACAAAGUAACCAUUACAAACGUUACAAAGAUGAGUGUAACAACUGCCAAAGAGGAUGAAAUAUGCCUCCUUUCUUUUUUUCUAUUCAAACAUUUAAAAAAAAACCUGGCUGAAAAAUAAAGGAUCUUAUGUAUAUUUAGAUUAAAAAGAUUGUACAUGUUGGGUGUUCACUUUUAUGCAAAUUUUAUCGACGAGUUAUGGAUUUAUAUAUUUGUCAUACCUUAAAUGGGUUUUUAUUGUUCAUGUUUAAAGCUAUGAAAGUCAAGUAUGUAACCCACAAGUUGUAAAUAUAUAUAGUUUCUGAUAAAGAUGUGUACUACUUUCUUUGUUUAGUGUUGUAUAUUUGCUGGACAGGACUGAAGCUGUAACUAUAUAAGAGACAGAGCACAAAAUAAGUAAUGUAUAUAAAUGGGGAGCCCUUAUGUAUCAACAGAUUUAAAGUCACUGAAGCCAUAAUGUUGAGGUAUAUAAGAAAAUCAAGCAUUGCGUGAAUAGAGGAGGGUGGAAUCUCUCAAGUUUGAAUAGCUGUACAGAUUUUAAAUGAAAUCAUGCUUUUAGUUUUGGAGGAAAGUUAUUAUAAUUCAAGAUUUUCAUGAAGUUUUUAAAUCAGUGUAAGCAAGGUAACUGAGUCAUAAAGAGAAACCUGUUGUGAUUCUACUCCCACUUCAUGUAAUAAUCAUGUUAAAGGAAGUAACGUUCCAUUCGGAUGAUUUUAAAUUGAUACAGAUAUCAUGGCAAGAAAUUUAUUGCAUUAUUUCUUAUUUCAAUUAUUUCAUAUUUAUUAACAAUAUCUAUGAGACUUUGCAAUGUGUGCUAAAUUGACAAGUGCAAGAGACGGUUUAUUGUAUAUGCAUUUCUAAGGGAUGGCUAUAUAUUUAUCAUGAUAAGAUUCAUUUGAGUGUGCUAAAGAUUGGUUCUAUGCAGUUUUAAGAAGAACAUUACACAAGCUAAAUGGGAUCUCUGGAAGUAUUACCUAUAACUUGUUUCUAUAAUCAACUCAUUUCUCCUGUAGGUCUAAUCAUAGAGCCAUUUUACUCACGCUUUUAAUCUAAGGCAAUCAUUCAAAUUAUGAAAUUUUUUGAGCCACAAGCAAUCGGUGCAAAAGUUAAUGAAUAUGGCUAUCCCUACUGAGUAAUGCUAUGGGGGGGGGGGGGGUUGCUGCAGAGAUCAUGAAAAGGCUUAGAAAGUGCUAUAAAUCAAGAGUGUAUAUAUUUACCGGUAAUGCAAUUUAACAUGUCUGGUGCUGUACCCUCUUUAACACUUCUUUGUUUUUGUUUUUGAUCAGAACAGUGUAAAUAUCUUGUUUCGGUACUGCAAGUCAUUUUUUAUCUUGCCAUAGAUCUUAAGCUGUACAGAUUUGGUGAUAACACACAGUGGCAGAUAAAGCAUCAUCAUCUUUGGUUUGGCAGAGUUGUAUAUUAGUGAAGAAAAAACAGAAGGGCUAAUGUAUUUCAAUCCACAGGAGAUAUUGAAUUUUAUCUUACAGAACUAUAUUUGCACAUAUUGCUCAAAGAGGAAAUAAGCAGCAUUGCUUGCUCAAAAGGAUUCAGAAUGUGCUUGUGUCUGUAAAAUUUGUUGUCUGUCAUAUUUGUCUUUUUGCUGCCUUUUUAUUAUUACUUUCCAAGAUGUGUAAAUAAUGUUGCCUUUGAUAUCUGAAGGGAAGGAUGAAGUGAAGGUGGAAAGGAUGGUUAUAUCAGAUUUGUGUCCAUCGGCCAGAGUUUCUCUGCACAAUAAUACAUCAUACAAAAAGAAUCGACAGGAGUUGGCUUUUGAAAACUGAAUGAUUAUAAAGGGUUGAUUAGUGAUAUAUAGUAUGAUAUGGGCCUAGGUGGUUUUUCAUUUUUCUUCAUAAUGGGCUAUGUACUUAUGCAGCCAAGAUAAUGAUAAGAUUAUGCUAAAAUCUUGAACAAGAACAUUUCGUUACAUGACUCUCCAUAGACAAAAGGAUACUGAAGUACUCUUAUACAGACAGCACUCCAUGAUGA